AUGGGUGCCGAGCAAUCAGCCCCGCGGGCCGGUGGCCAGGCCUCUGCUGCCGUACUAGAGCGCAAGACAUGCUAUUAUGAGGUUCUAGGAGUAGACCGCCAGGCUGCCGAUACCGAAAUUCGAAAAGCCUACAAAAGGAAGGCUCUCGAGCUGCAUCCUGACCGUAACUACAAUGAUGAAGAGAAUGCAACCCGGAAAUUCGCCGAAGUACAGACGGCCUACGAGAUCCUGUCGGAUCCUCAGGAACGCGCCUGGUACGAUUCCCAUCGUGAGGCUAUCCUCACUGGUCAGACAGAUGUCUCUGGCGCUGAGCCAUCUGGCCAUGAUGGGACUAGUUACACCUCCGCAACAGCCAUCUUCACCCUGAUGGGCCGCUUCAACUCGAGCGUGCAGACCGCGGCGGCAGAGUGGGAAGGCCUCGUGCCAGUAGAAUACCCAGCUUUUGGCCAGGCCGGUGACGACUACGAUUCCGUUGCGAAGUCAUUCUACAAGAUCUGGUCAGGCUUCGCUACCAAGAAGACGUUCAGUUGGAAGGACAAAUAUCGCCUUAGCGAUGCCCCUGACCGUAGAGUCCGCAGACUCAUGGAGAAGGAAAACCGCAAGUUUCGUGAGGAGGGCAUCCGCGAAUUCAACGAUGCCGUCAUAUCCCUCGUGUCGUUUGUCAGGAAACGUGAUCCCCGGUACGUUCCCAACACGCAAUCCGAGUCUGAACGCCAACAGAUCCUACGAAAUUCUGCCGCUGCCCAGGCCGCCCGCUCACGAGCCGCCAACCAGGAGAAGCUGGCCGAGUACGUGGUGCCGGACUGGGCUCAGGCGCGGGAUGAUGAAGAGCAGCUGCUUAGCGAGUUUUCUCUCACUUCCGAGGAUGAGUCCGAGCUCGAGGUCCUCGAAUGCGUCGUCUGCAACAAGACGUUCAAGAGUGAAAAGCAAUUCGAGGCACAUGAGAAAAGCAAGAAGCACGUCAAAGCCGUCCAGCAACUGCGAAGGCAGAUGAAAAAGGAAAACGCCGAUUUGGAUCUGGAUGUAGAGAGCUUUGCCAAUUCGACCCCCUCCCCUCAGCCGCAGAUUUCCCAAGAAACAGAUAUGGACGCUGGUGAUGAUACCGCAAACCGACCCUUAGGCUUUAUAGAUGGCAAGACGCAAAACCAGGAGGAUGAUCACCAAAGUGUCGAAACACGUGAGGAGCGUGGCCAAAGUGUAGCAGAUGGCUCGAGUACGGAGGAUGACGAGUAUGCACCUCGAUCAGCAGUCGAAAAUCGAUUCAUGGUUGGAAGCGAAUCUGGAGACCCCAGUUUGACACAUCAGAGCCUAAGGAAGGCAUUGAUUCUCUGGCUGACAAUAUUUCCAACCUUGAAGUUGGCGGGGCAGGACUAG